AGUACAUUGGAGGGAAUGGGCGAACGGUUAAUUUAAGCAUCUCAGGUGGUAGCUUGGGGAAGAAGAGUGCGCAGGUUAAGCGAAUCUGCCUUUGUGACUAGUGGGCGGAGGUUAAGCCAGUAGCAGCGAGAGGGAGAAGACCUAAAGAAGAACUUCUGCAGAGAGAAAGGUAAAGGUAAUCGUUGAUGAUCGAUGUCGAAAAUGAAACAUCUAUUCAAAAAACUCCACAUCGGUGGAGGACUCAACGAGCACCAGCGACUGGGGGAGCCCCGACCCAGUACGAACCCGGUUAAUCCGCCCGUUUCGUCGUCAACAUCGGUGACGCCGACAACUUCGUAUUCUCCUACGUCGGUGGGGACAAUCGACGCCGUUGAAUCGGGGAGUGGGGAUCGGACGACGGGCAGGGAUGGGGGACUUGAUUUCAAUUUGCUUGAGGAGGAGUUUCAGAUGCAGUUGGCUAUGGCAAUGAGCGCAUCGGAUCCCGAUGCAGGGAAGGAUCCGGACUCGGUACAGAUCGACGCCGCCAAACGCAUCAGCCUCGGCUGCUCUGCCCUUGUCGCUGGCAAUGAUGCCCUCGUCGAGUUUAUGUCGCUUCGGUAUUGGAGCUACAAUGUGGUAAAUUAUGAUGAAAAAGUGAUGGACGGCUUUUAUGACGUAUAUGGCAUUGCCUCAAAGCCUGUUAUGCAAGGGAAGAUGCCAAUGCUGGUGGAUCUUCAAACUAUAUCGGUUAGAGAUAAUGUUGAUUAUGAAGUUGUUUUAGUGAAUCGUUCACUUGACCCAGAACUACGAGAACUUGAGAGAAAAGUGCAAAUCAUGUACAUGAACAGCAGAGUUUCUGAUCAAGGGCAAGCUUUAAGUGACUUGAUUCGGAAAAUUGCCAAUAUUGUUGUUGACAGAAUGGGUGGUCCAGUUGGUGACGCCGAUGAAAUGUUGCGAAGGUGGACUGUUAGAAGUUAUGAGUUGCGUAAUGCACUAAACACAAUUAUUCUUCCCAUUGGAUGUCUUGAUAUCGGACUUUCACGGCACAGGGCCUUGCUUUUUAAGGUGCUAGCUGAUAAAAUUAAUCUGCCAUGUAUGCUGGUCAAGGGCAGCUACUACACUGGCACUGAUGAUGGAGCUGUCAAUUUUAUUAGAAUUGGUAAUGGAAGUGAGUACAUUAUUGAUCUAAUGGGUGCUCCCGGUACUCUAAUUCCGGCUGAAUUACCCAGCAGUAUUCUCACAAAUUAUGGCUUGGACGCAAGAGGCUUUAUGAGUCCUACAGACAGCUCAGGAGUUUCUUGUUUGUUGCAUGAAGAAGGAAUUGGAGUUUUACCUACUCCAGGUAGAUUCUCUGGUGUUAGCAGCUCGAGCCCGGAGGAUGCUUUAUUGGUUGGCGAUGGGACAAAUGUGGAUGACAGGAAGAUUGAAAAAGGCACACUUAAGAGAUUUGCGCAUGACUCGAGGAAGCCUCCUUUAUCAAUCACUAAACCAUUUGAAAGCCCAUCAAGCAUCUCUAGGAAACCAUCAUCUGCUCAAAAGAUGAAGGUAAAGAAUGUUUCCAAAUAUGUCAUCAGUGCUGCAAAGAACCCUGAAUUUGCACAGAAGUUGCAUGCUGUCUUGUUAGAAAGUGGUGCAUCACCUCCUCCAGAUCUAUUCUCGGGUAUCAGUCCUUUGGAUUUUGGUGAACAGAGAUUUCCUGGCCAUGUAGAUGAUGGGGUUCAAUAUAAUCCUGCCAAUCUAUUAAUGACCAAUGAUCAGUUUCUUGCAUCCUCAACUCAAGUGACACAUUUGAAUGAUGGUGGGUUAGAUUAUAAGCAGCAGUCAUCUGAUCGUUUUGAUGAAGUACAGAGCCAGUUGGAAACAAAUGCAAUUGGGUCUAAUAGGUCUUUUCCUUGCGAUAGUACAAGCGAAGGAUUUGUUCUCGUUACAAAAGGAACUAGUGAACCAAGGCAGAUUGAUGCUACGUGCGUAAAUGUGGGUCCUGUUAAUCCACAUGGAGUGAUUUCUAGGGAUUUAUCUGAGAAACAAAUUUUUGAAUCUCUGUUCUCCUCUGCAAUUGACCCUUGCCAAAGACAAUUUGAAAAUGUUUUCGUUAUUGAAGAUAAACAGCAGUGUCAAGAGAAGAUGGGAGAGACUUUAAAUGAUAUGGAAUUGGGUGAGGAAUCUGCUGCAAAAUUGACAGGAACAUCCAACAAUGGUAUGAAUAUUGCUCGCGAUGGCUACUGUGAGGGGAUUAACCCAAUGCUGGGGCAGGUUUCAGAAUGGGAAAUUCCAUGGGAGGAUCUUCAGAUUGGUGAACGAAUUGGCAUUGGUUCAUAUGGCGAGGUUUACCGUGCAGAUUGGAAUGGCACUGAAGUUGCUGUGAAGAAAUUUUUAGAUCAAGAUUUCUCUGGUGAUGCACUGGUUCAAUUUAAAUGUGAAGUAAGUACCAGUUAUCUUUUUGAAGUUGAAAUCAUGUUAAGGCUGAGGCAUCCAAACGUUGUUCUGUUCAUGGGAGCAGUUACUCGUCCACCACAUUUUUCAAUACUGACAGAAUUUCUCCCCAGGGGAAGUUUAUAUCGGUUGCUCCAUCGUCCAAAUUUUCAACUUGAUGAGAGAAGACGAUUACGUAUGGCUGUUGAUGUGGCUAAGGGAAUGAAUUACUUGCACACAAGCCAUCCUACAAUCGUCCAUCGAGAUUUGAAGUCGCCCAAUCUCCUUGUUGAUAAAAAUUGGGUUGUAAAGGUCUGUGAUUUUGGUUUGUCACGCAUGAAGCACCAUACGUUUUUGUCUUCAAAGUCUACUGCUGGAACUCCUGAAUGGAUGGCACCAGAAGUUCUAAGGAAUGAACCAGCAAAUGAGAAAUGUGAUGUUUACAGCUUUGGUGUAAUAUUGUGGGAGUUGGUGACCUGUUGCAUCCCGUGGAAAGGAUUGAACCCAAUGCAGGUUGUUGGAGCUGUUGGGUUCCAGCACAGGCGUCUUGAAAUUCCAGAGGAUGUCGAUCCGGCAAUUGGACAGAUAAUACGUGAAUGUUGGCAAACGGAGCCACAUUUACGGCCUUCCUUCACUCAGCUCAUGUCUCGUCUUCGUCGUCUUCAACAUCUACUGGUUGAUAGAACAAACUCUACAGAUCAAGUGGAGCACCCCUGUUUGCAAUAGUAGUUAGAGUUGUUUCUGGGCUCAAAGAGCCAGAGCAGCUGGAAGUUUUUCACCUUUGUGCAGAGAUGAUUUUUAAGAGAAUAGUGGCCCGGUUGUGUUGGUUCAUUCGAAGUGGGAAUUCGGCACAACCUAUUCAGAACAUAACAGAACAGAGUGGAGAUCCUCCUAUCAAACAAUUGCACAACUGCGAAGGAGGGUACCAUUGAAACUCAAAUUGUUUCACUACCAAGUCUUAAUAGGUAAGAAAUUCCAAAAAAAAAGAAAGAAAUAAUCUUUUGAGUUGGUACUCCUUUUGAGUUAUGAUUCUGUAGAGGUCUUGUUGGGUGAGCAAUCCCCAACCCUGGAAUUGUAAACGAGUGAUCUCUACAGUUUAUUGUGAAACAAAACAAAGGAAAGGUGAAAGGAAGAAGCAGAAAAGGG